AUGACUGAAAAGAAAAUUAAGGAAAAGGUCAAAAAGCGGGAGCGUAUUGUCGCAUCAUUAAAGCGACAUGCGCAAUUUCUGGGCAGUUUCAACCCAGAUAUUCAUACGGGGGAAGUUCAGUCAAGACUGGACAAGAUUGAGGCAAAGUUUGAAGAGUUUGAGGAGGUUCAAGAAGAAAUCGCAGAGCUGGACGCGGAAGGGAUCUAUGAGGAGGACUGCACCACGGCCUACGAGGAAUUCGAGAAGCUGUACUAUCGUUUACGGGCGGCUUUGCUGGCAAAACUACCAUCGGAGGAGACUGCUGUUGAGCUAAACAACACGUUAGCGCGGAAUGGUCAACAUGUAGGGGCGCACACUGGUGUUCGUCUGCCGCAGAUUUCUCUACCAGAGUUCGACGGCGACUACAAGGGAUGGCUGUCGUUCAAGUCAACGUACGUGUCGCUGAUUCACGAUUCUGCGGAGCUAAGCGACGUGCAGAAGUUCCAUUACCUGAAGUUAGCGCUUAAAGGGGAAGCAGCCAAACUUAUCGAAUCGCUCACGCUUACCAACGAUAACUAUUCGAUUGCUUGGAGCACGAUUACGAAGCGGUAUUCCAACGAGUACCUGUUGAAGAAGAGGCAUUUGCAGGCACUGAUGGAAUACCCGAAAGUGGAAAAGGAUUCGUCUGUGGCUCUCCAUGCUCUGGUGGAUGAAUUCGAACAGCGGCUGAAGGUUCUGAAGCAGUUGGGAGAGAAGACAGACGAGUGGGGUGCGAUGAUCGUUCAUUGGAUGUGCUCCAAACUGGAUACGCAGACACUUCAGCUUUGGGAAGACCACGCAGCGUCUACAAAGGAUCCGACGUUUACGAUUCUAGUGAUUUUUUUGGAAAAGCAGACAAGGGUUUUAGAAGCAGUUUCAUCGAACGUUGAAUUGAAAGGCAGUUUGCAGAAGGUGGAAUUCAAGCGUCAAAAGGUGACCGUUCACGCUGCUGAUGGGGAAAGAUGUGGUUCAGUCUGCUGUUGUUGUGGGGAUUCACAUUUCCUGGGCCGGUGUAGUAAAUUUUCUAAAAUGUCACUGAAAGAGAAGCUGCAGUUUGUGAACAGCAGUCGUGAGUGUGGAGAAAAGCAUAAUUCACUGAUUCAUUCCGGAUUUCCGUUGAGCAGCAGCGGUAUUGGAAGCAGUGAUCAGCCGGUGAGCAAACCGGAGAAGACACGGAACAAAUCGAAAUCGGUGGCGGCUAGCGGGGUGGAAUCUGAAGACGAAGGCGAUCAAGGAGCGAUUGGAACAUACAACGUAGGAUUCAAGGGCGGGAAAACUUCGAAUGUACUACUGUCAACGGUUGUACUGGUCAUUCGGGACCAGCACGGAGGGAAACAGAUGGCUCGAGCAUUACUGGACAACGGUUCGCAAGCCAACAUCAUGAGUGAGAGGUUGUGCCAGAUGCUUAGCCUGAAACGACGGACGAUAAACGUGCCAAUUAGCGGUGUUGGUGAAGCACAAACACGAGCCGGAUUUUUGGUGAACACCACAGUUAGCUCACGGGUUCAGGACUUCUCAGUGGGGAUGGAAUUCUUAGUGCUUCAGAAGGUAACGUCGGAGUUGCCAUCAGCGCACAUACCCGUGGCACACUGGAAGAUUCCAAAGGAUAUUCAAUUGGCUGAUCCAAACUUCAACAUCAGCAAUCGGAUCGAUCUUUUGAUUGGAGCAGAGCACUUCUACCGGUUCUUGUUCGAGAGGGAUACAAAACGGAUCACACUGGGUCCACCAACCAGUACUUAG